AUGGUUGCUGGGGCCUAUCUGACCACAAACCUGGUGGGUGGGUUGGGCAAUCAGUUGUUUCUCAUCGCCAACCUGUUGGCCACUGCAAAGCGCAAUCAAGUCUCCGCUGUAUUGCCGCGACUGAAUUGGAGUAGUAGCAAUGAACAGCCGCGGCCUGUCUAUUGGGACUCUCUCUUCGCAGAUCUUGAGGCCUACGGUGUGGGUAGUGAUGUUCCCCGUAAUAUUCCAGAAAUAGUGGUGCCAGAGAAACGGCCUGUGGCCCCAAUUACAGUGGAAGCGUCUGUACAGUGUGUAUACAAUAUGAUAGGUUUCUUUCAGUCGGAGGUAUUUUUCUCGGAUUAUCCUCUUAUACGAGAUGUUGUGCCUUCUAGACUCCGUGAGGCGGCGGUAAAACAUCUACAUGAUAACUACAGUAGUUCUAGUAAUACGCAACUUGUCGGUUUACAUGUUCGUCGUGGGGAUUACUUGCGUUUUCGCAAUGUAUUUGAAAUCUUAGAGGUGGACUACUAUGAUACAGCGGUGCGACAGCUGUUGGGACACAGUCUACAAUUACAAUCUGUUGGUAUGCGUAAUAUACAUCUUCUUGUCUUUUGUGAAGAGGAACGAUAUGGGGCAACAGUUGUAGGUUACUUCCGUAGUAAAUAUGCAGGUCUUCAAGUAUCUCUAGUCUCCGCAGGAAACGAGCGGGUGACAUUUACAAGUGAUAGCAACAACAACAAUAAUAAUAAUAAUAAUAAUAAUAAUAAUAAUAAUAAUAAUAAUAAUCAUCCAAUGCCGCGUGAGGUAUUGGAGUUGCUUAUGUUGUCUAGUUGUGAUGAUGUUGUAAUGGCAAACUCCACGUGGUCGUGGUGGGCUGCUUAUUUAAAUAAUCGUCCACUUCGUCGUGUGGUGGCACCAUCACGGUGGUUUGUGCAGCACCCAUACCCACAGUCUAAUCACAUCUACUGUAAAAACUGGAUGUUGUUGUAA